UUCGGAGCACUCAUUGCCGUAGUUAUCCGGCCUUCGGACCCACGGCCUCCGAAUCCACGGAUUCUAGGGACCUAGAGUCAGCCUGACACUUGAAGGCUGCCGCUCAUGCUGGGGACUCCAUACCUGGCAUGCUCCAGGUCCUACUUUAUCAUCAUCAUCGGAUGUUCCCUAUCCCCUUCCGUUCCUCUCGCUGGCUGGGUGAAGUGUGGGCUGGCACUGAGAUUGAUUGGUCGUGUUCCCCGGAUCGUACGCCUUGUUCCCCGGAUCGUACGCCUUGUUCCCCGGAUCGUACGCCUUGUUCCCCGGAUCGUACGCCUUGUUCCCCGGAUCGUAUGCAUCAUCUACAGUAUCUUUCAAGCUAUCGGCGUUCGAGUGUUUACCUUUCCUGGGAAGUCUUUCCUCGAUCCAGGACGUAUCCCGCAUUCAACGACAAAGAUACACUCCGUUCGCUCGAAUGGAACGGGUAUGCGAAGCUAGUUUGAGGGCACGAUCGGCGAGGAGGAGCACCUGAUUGGCGAGGAGAAACAUCUGGCGAGUGGAGACAAUGGGCUGGAAUAGCAGAGAUGGAAUAGGUCGGGAUUUGCAACGAUUGAGACCUCUACCAAUCGGGAUGGAAACUGAGAACAUGUCACAUGUGACUGGAUUUCGUUUUUGUUUACUCAUUGAUUGCAUGCGACCUAAGUACCUAGCUAGAUCAUGGCAAUAUAAUAUCAACACACUCUCCG